AUGGUUGAUGAUCCCCGCGAGAUGAAGUGCUAUAACGCUACGGGCUGCGCUAAUGCGGCACUCCUCUGCUUCCUUUCAACCCCGACCUUGGUGGAAAAGACGAAGCCAAUAAGCGACGGCACAUGGAAAAAGAUUUUGGAUCUCAAAGAGGCAAAUAGCGGAACCACCGACAAGGAGACGAUCAAAUUCACAGAACGCGAGGAAGCGGAGAACUGCCUCGCGGAAAUUAAUGAAUUCCGCACACAAGAGAGUCUUGGACUGAAGCCCUUCGUUGCCAGGGACAAAACUUCGGUAGACAGUUUGAAACCGGUGGAUUACGAAGCGCUCGCGAAAGGUUUGACAUGCGAGGCCCUCAAGGCUGGAAAUGCCCCCAUCAUGUCCGACACCGCAGAUGCCAGUGUGAUGUACUACUCUGGCACAAGCGCUACAUGCUUUGAAGCCCUUAACGCUUGGAAAGAAGGCUAUAAGAAGUUUAGCAACGUCACCAUCCCUCCAAAGUACACUUCAACAGAGGAACUGUACAAGACGGGAGCUGCAACAAACUUUAUCUCGCUUGUCAGCGAAGGAACUGACACCAAAACCACAUGCUACACUGUCUCUGGCUGCACUGAACAAGGCCUGGUUUGCGUGCUGCAACCUGCCGCCUUCAAGAAGGAAGAAUUGCCCAUCACGUCAGCAUUCUAA